CAUCCGUAAGACCUUAAACGCGACUACCAUGAGCGAACCGUACGAAGACAUAUUCAACGACGCGCUCUCAUUUAUCGGCGAAUCGAAAGUCUUGGAUGACUCUGAGAUAUCCUACGGACCUCUUCGGCUUACCGUCGCACCCAAGGAGGGCAAGGCGAAUACCUUACUGGCAGACCAUCUCUUUUCUCCUUCCCUCUUUCUUGCAGAGCGUAUUGAACGAGCAUUAAUUCCCGUUCAAGGACGUACAGUAGUUGAAUUGGGUGCAGGUUGCGCGUUGCCGUCGUUAUUAAUGAGCACGUUACCUCAACCCCCUUCACUUGUCGUAGUGACGGAUUAUCCGGACGACGGGAUCAUGAAAAAUCUGAGAGAAAAUGUCAAUCGAAAUCGAGCGCACGUCUCUGAUGGAUGCAUUACUUGUUGCCAAGGGUAUGAAUGGGGUACGGAUGCCCAAUCUGUUCUAUCCUUAACAGAUAAUGAGGCAAUGGGAUAUGAUGUUGUGAUUCUUUCAGAUCUUCUGCAUUUUCACACCUCCCACAAUGUUCUCGUCGCUUCGCUCAAGUCGUUGCUCCGGAAAAGCUCUGAUUCCCGGGUGUAUAUCGCGGCCGGAAAAUACACAUCUCCCAACGUUUGUGACAACUUCAUGAGGGUUGCAAGCUCUGAAGGCUUCUCCAUUGAAGAAGUAGUUCCUAAUGGGCAUGGUGAACCUUGGCUUGGUACUAUGGACGUCGCGAGUUUCGACAAAGAGGCACUUUCCAUUAGAAAGGCUGCAUGUAGAUUCUGGAUUGGAAGAUGGGCUGCAUAAUAGUGGCAGCGACCUCACGAUGUACUCGUCAAGUUGCCCUUGUUGGGGUCGUGCAUCUUGUUGAGCCUCCCCUUGUUUAGCUAUGUCAUUCGAUAACUCAUGUCCCUAUUGAUAGAGUACUAUCGCAUUAUUUGUAGCAUGUCUGUCUUGAGUGUAUAAGCGGGAGAACGUAUUUAUUCGGACGUGUCCCAAUUGCCGGGGCAGGCGG